AUGAAUUUAUUUUUGCUGCUUCUCGCUUUUUAUGAGAUUGCUGAUGGCGUUGAACGAGAACCGAGAUUCGGAUACGAUCUCGCAAAAGACCUGUACAGCAAUUUCUGUCAGCGAAUCUGUGGUUCUAAAAAUCGACAAUUUUUGCAGUCAGAACUAAUUUGCUCUAUAAAAUGUCCGAAUUUUAAUAUCCAGGGACCCGGAACUGUCAGUACUAAUAAACCGGAAGAAACGACAACAAAUAAGCCGGAACAAACGACAACAAAGUUGCCACCGAAAGAAGAACUGAAACCGUCUGUUGCUGAUAAAAUUGAUGAAUCAAAGCCAGAAAAAAAAGACAAAAAUAAAGAAGAGUUAAGUUUUGAAGAUUCAUUAGAAUUUCAUCCGACAAGAAAUGGAAACCGCAGAAAAAUAGGAUAACUUUUACUUAAAACUGAUUUAAA